UGUUAGUUAACUGUUAGGAGCACAAUUGCUGUUAGUAUUGCUCAUCGCUGUUUCGUCCACCGAACCGGGGAUUACUUCAUGGCCCUCGCCUUGCCCGCCCCGCUUUGCUCCGUUACUGAACCUUCUCGCUGGCUGGUUUGCCAGUCCCGUGGGUGGGUUUUUCAGAUCGUGCGGGGUUUCCGCAGCAGAUUCUCAUCUCGCCCACCCUCCAUCUCAAUCCCCCUCGGUAGCAGUAAUACCACCCACCCACUGGCAAGGUACCAGGUUACAACUUUGUAUUUCUUGUUCUUGAUCUUCUUGAACUUCCCGACCUUUCUAUUCGAGAUUUCUCGAAAGAGCCCGGCCUACCCACUCCACUCUGCCCUGCAGCUUAUUUUUUCCCAGUGCUGUCACUAACAGUGAAAGUGGCGCGGAAUCUCCCCGCUUAGCCUCGGUGGUGGGGAUCUCAACCAGUCAAGAGAACUCAAUGCGGUAUAACUUGCGCUUGCCGUAGCCCCUUCACUAGAAUAGUCUGCCAUUCUUAACCCCGG